AUGGGGGCGCAGGACCGGCCGCAGUGUCACUUCGACAUCGAGAUCAACCGGGAGCCGGUUGGUCGCAUUAUGUUUCAGCUUUUCUCAGACAUAUGUCCAAAAACGUGCAAAAACUUCCUUUGCCUAUGCUCAGGAGAGAAAGGCCUUGGAAAAACAACUGGAAAGAAAUUAUGUUAUAAAGGUUCUACAUUCCAUCGUGUGGUUAAAAACUUUAUGAUUCAGGGUGGGGACUUCAGUGAAGGUAAUGGAAAAGGUGGAGAAUCAAUUUAUGGUGGAUAUUUUAAAGAUGAAAACUUUAUUCUCAAACAUGACAGAGCGUUCCUUUUAUCAAUGGCAAAUCGAGGGAAACAUACCAAUGGUUCCCAGUUUUUCAUAACCACAAAACCAGCGCCACACCUGGAUGGGGUGCAUGUUGUCUUUGGACUAGUUAUUUCUGGUUUUGAAGUAAUCGAGCAAAUUGAAAACCUGAAAACGGAUGCCGCAAGCCGGCCUUAUGCAGAUGUGCGAGUUAUUGACUGUGGAGUACUUGCCACCAAGUCAACAAAAGAUGUUUUUGAGAAAAAAAGAAAGAAGCCAACUCAUUCAGAAGACUCGGAUUCCUCCUCCAGUUCCUCUUCCUCUUCCGACUCCUCUUCAGAAAGUGAAGUGGAACGUGAGAGAAGCAGGAGGAGGAAGCACAGGCGGAGGCCCAAAGUGAAGCAGGCCAAGAAGAGAAGGAAGGAAGCGAGCGUGUCUGAAGAGCCACGGGCCAGGCAGCCAGCCAGCCCCAAGGGUCAUUCUGAAAGGAGUGAUACGAAUGAAAAAAAGUCGGCGGACGCGAAUGCUAAAAGGGAAAAGCCUGUGGUCCGCCCGGAAGAGAUUCCUCCGGUGCCUGAGAACCGAUUCUUGCUGAGAAGAGAUAUGCCUGUUGUCCCUGUGGAACCUGAACCGAAAAUUCCUGAAGUUACACCCAUUGUAAGUGAUCAGAAACCAUCUGUGUCAAAGUCCGGACGGAAGAUUAAAGGAAGGGGCACAAUUCGUUAUCACACCCCUCCUCAGUCAAGAUCCUGUUCGGAAUCGGAUGACGGGGAUGACAGCAGUGAAACACCGCCUCACUGGAAAGAGGAAAUGCAGAGGCUGAGAGCGUACAGACCCCCAAGUGGCGAGAAAUGGAGUAAAGGAGACAAGUUAAGUGACCCCUGUUCAAGCCGUUGGGAUGAACGAAGCUUGUCCCAGAGAUCCAGAUCAUGGUCCUAUAAUGGCUAUCAUUCAGACCAGAGCACAGCACGACACUCCGAUGGGCACCAUAAAAAACACAGAAAAGACAAGAAGGUUAAGCAUAAAAAGAAAGCUAAAAAGCAGAAACAUUGCAGAAGACACAAACAGACGAAAAAGAGAAGAAUUCUGGUGCCAUCUGACGUAGAAUCCUUAAAAUCAUCCACCCAACGACUGAAAUUUCCUCCUGGUAGAGAAAGAAGAUCUCGUUCUUCCUCAUUGUCAUCUCGUCACUCGUCAAAAAGGGACUGGUCGAAAUCUGAUAAAGAUGAUCAGAGCUCCUCGAGCCGUUCCAGCAGAGGCUCCUUCAGGUCGAAGUCUAAAUCUCGUUCGAGGUCUUAUUCUCGAGGCAGCUCGAGAUCAAGGACUCCGUCGAGAUCUAGAUCUUCAUCGCAUUCCCGAAGUCGAUCCAAGUCCAGAUCUAGUUCAAAGUCAGGGCACCAAAGGCCAGCGUCCAAAUCUCCUAGAGCAGCCGCCCAGAUAAGUGAAAGCAAGCCAGCUAAAACAGAACCCUUGAGAGUAGCAGUGCCACAAAAUGAAACCAUCGUGGUGCAGCCGGUGGUGACAGAAAACCUUCCUGUCAUUCCUCUGAGUGACAGUCCCCCUCCUUCGCGGUGGAAGCCUGGACAGAAACCUUGGAAGCCCUCCUAUGAGCGAAUUCAGGAAAUGAAAGCGAAAACAACCCAUUUGCUGCCCACCCAGAGCACGUACAGCUUAGCAAGUGCCAAAGAGACUGGUAGUUCAUCCUCCUACCGUAAAAGAGAUAAACAUUCAGAAAGCGAUCGGAGUGCGUAUACAAAGUACAGUGACAGAAGUUCAGAAAGUUCACCGAGGUCCAGAAGCAGGUCUUCUCGGAGUCGAUCUUAUUCCAGAUCAUACACGCGGUCCCGUAGCCCAGCUAGUUCACGUUCAAGGUCUCGGACGCCAUCAUCUAGGUCUCAUUCACGAAAUAAAUACAGUGAUAACUCACAGGACAGUAGAUCCUCUUCAUACUCUUCUGCCAGCAGUGAUGAGAGGAGACGAUCCAAGAGGAAGUUUAGAUCCAGUGGGAAGAAAAGUAAGGCUUCAAAUAAAAGGCACAGCAGUGUGUCUGAAAAGGCGCUGGGCAGUAAACACAUCAAAGGCAGAGAGAAGCCUUCGUGCCAGAGACGCCGUAGUGAAAGCAGGUCGUCGUCAGGUGAUUCUUCGGACAGCGGCCGGUCAGGUGUUGACGUCGUCCAGCCAGCGCAGGGGAAGGAGAAGCCGGCCCAGAUGGAAGUCACUGCUGUCAGACAGGACCGGAGGACAGGGGAGAAAGCCAAGCCUGAACGGGAAUGCCCUCAUCCAAAACAAAGAACUCCGAAAGAGCAGGCUUCUGAACACUUCAGAAAUGGCAUCAAGCCUAAAAAGAAGAAUUACGCCGGGAGCAAAUGGGACUCUGAAUCAAAUUCAGAACGAGAUGUGACUAAAAACAGUGCAAAGGUGAUCCGGCCAUCUUCGGAUAAGGAGGAAGGUGAGGCCACGUUGGAUUCGGAAUCGGAGCCUGGGGAAAUCCACAUCCGAGAGGAAUCUACAGCCAAGUCUUCAGCAGAUGCUUCACUGCCUGAUGGCAGCGGGGUCUGGAAGGCCCGCAAACAGCAGUCCUCGACUUCUGACUCCGGGGGUUCCUGCUCCAAUUCUGAGAACACGAGGGCCAAGCCGUGGAAGCCCAGGCACGGGCCGAAGGAAGGCCUGAAGCGGGAACACCCCAAGAAAGCAAAGGAGAAGGUGAAAGGGAAAAAAGACAAAAAGCACAAGGCCCCGAAGCGAAGGCAGGCCUUUCACUGGCAGCCACCGCUCGAGUUCGGGGAGGAGGAGGAGGAGGAGGUGAGCGAAAAGCAAACCUCUCAGGAGCCAAAGGAGAAGAAGCACGCUUGUGCGCACGGUGACACCGUGAAGGAGCCCAGACGACCGCACAGCAGGGCCUGUGACCAUGGCAGCGCCGCCCGACGGCGCACAGGCAGCGGCUCGUCAGAGCUCGAGCAGCGACCCGAGGACGAUCGGAAACCCAUUGUCUCUCCCCAAGUCCUGAACACUGAGGAGAGGACAGCCAGUUCUCCCCGAGACGUGCAGCACGUCGAAGAGAGGGUCCCCAGCAGCGUGGACGAUGUGCUCCAGACGGACGAUAACAUGGAGAUUUGCACUCCUGACAGGAGCUCUCCCGUGAAAACAGAGGAGGCGUCCCCUCUAGAAGAUGCCACGUGCGAGGCCCCCGAUGUCAGCAUUGUUCAGAAGCAGGAUGUGAAGACGGAGAAUCCCGAGGCCGAGACGGGAGAACAGGAAAGCGGAAUACGUGAAAACCACACCGGCAGUGACAUGGGGACACAGGACAGCGGCACUGCUGAGAGCUCUGUGAGGCCGGAGGUGGCGGUGAAGAGCCAGGCCGGCCUCGGGGACAGCAAGUGGAAGCCCCUGCAGGGCGUGGGGCACCUGGCCGCCACUGCCGCCGCCGGCACUCUGGAAGUGAAGGCUUUGACCACUGUGUCUGAGAUGAAACCGCAGGGCCUGAGGAUAGAAAUCAAGAGCAAAAAUAAAGUGCGGCCUGGCUCGCUCUUUGACGAGGUGAGGAAGACGGCACGCUUAAACCAGAGGCCACGAAACCGAGACAGCUCCAGUGACGAGCAGACACCCAGUCGGGAUGGUGACAGCCAUUCCCGGAGUCCGAGCAGAUCUCGAAGUAAAUCUGAAACCAAAUCAAGACACAGAACGAGGUCUGUCUCAUACAGCCACUCAAGAAGUCGCUCGCGGAGUUCCACAUCAUCGUACCGAUCGAGAAGCUACUCAAGGAGUCGGAGUAGAGGCUGGUACAGCAGGGGACGAACAAGGAGCCGGAGCAGUUCCUACCGCAGUUACAAAAGCCACAGGACGUCCAGCAGGAGCAGAUCCAGGAGCAGCUCGUAUGACCCCCACAGUCGGUCCAGGUCCUACACCUACGACAGCUACUACAGCAGAAGUCCGAGUCGAAGUAGGAGCCCGAGAAGCGACAGCUACCACCGGGGCAGAAGUUACAACAGGCGCUCCAGGUGGGUGUCAUCGUUAGAUUCCUGCAGAUCUUACGGUUCUGACAGUGAAAGUGAUCGGAGUUACUCUCAUCACAGGAGCCCCAGUGAAAGCAGCAGAUACAGUUGA